AUGAUCCGCCGUGCUAAGAAAGACGGCAGUUCUGACCCGACUCCAAACAACACCCUGGAGAAGCAGAGUCAGCCGGGCCAGUCUGACAAGCCAUCAACAAAUGGAACACACAGUUUCCCCGGAAAAACAGAGGAAGAGAUAUUCACACCAUCCUCUGCGUCUGAAGAGGAAGAGAAGAGCCUCGUCCUCCGCGCCCAGCCUCUCUGCCUUUCAGAGGUGCUACAGAUGUUUCACAACCUGAGGAUCAUCCUGUUUCACCAUUCUCUUAUGCUCACCAAGGCAAGAAGAAUGAGAUCCCGUUCAUCUAUGAUCCGCCGUGCUAAGAAAGACGGCAGUUCUGACCCGACUCCAAACAACACCGUGGAGAAGCAGAGUCAGCCGGGCCAGUCUGACAAGCCAUCAACAAAUGGAACACACAGUUUACCCAGAAAAACAGAGGAAGAGAUAUUUGCACCAUCUUCUGCGUCUGAAGAAGAAGGUGACAGAAAACCAGGGUACAAAAAUAAGAAAAAGAAGAAAAAACUGAAAAUAUCUGAUAUACUCAAAAAAGUGUCAUUCAAAAGAGAAGAGCCUCGUCCUCAGCGCCCAGCCUCUCUGCCUUUCAGAGGUGCUACAGAUGUUUCACAACCUGAGGAUCAUCCUGUUUCACCAUCUCAUCCACCUGAGUUUUAUGACGGUGUGGCAGAAACUCUGGACAGAAUCGCACAGAAACACAGUGUGAAAAAGAAAUCCCCUGUUAAACCAGAGCCUGUGCCAAGUACACGCAAAGACAAUGGCAAAGAGGCUGUGGUUCAACAACUAGUUCAGAUAUUAACUUCAGAGGGGGAUGCCAUAAACGAGAAGAUAAACGUCAACCCAUUCCUGCGGUCCACCCUCACACGCCUCUCCUACCCAUCCUUUGCCAAACUCCUUGACACGUAUGCCAGUCAGAGUGAAGAGCCCCCCGCUCCGGCUCCGGCUCCGGCUCCGGGUCUGGCUCCGGUCAGCCCUACGCUGCGGCGUCUCGCCAUCACCAUGGAUGUGUCUCGACGAGUGGUCACGGCCACUGGAGUUCAGCGUCUGACAGGGUAUGCUGAGCGCUACAUGGAGAGCUUUGCACCAUGGGUGAGGAGUCACGGAGGAUGGGGGAACAUUGCACAAUUGGAUGAGGUUCUGGAGUGUGAUUGACCUCUGUUCAUUAUGAACUCUGGAUCAUGUAGCAUGACCUCUGUGAGGAAAGGAAGAACAAGAACCAGCCAACUGGGCAAUUGACACUACUUGAUUAUAUGGUUUUUGUGCUGAUGUAUUUAUUUUCUUGUCAUUUGGAUGUUUUGAAAAAAAUUUUUGUGACUUUUAUACCAAAAUACAUUAUUUCAAUCAUCUACUGUUGUAUUGCAUCCUUAUUU